CGUUAAUUUAUUGUCACUUCACUGGUCAAAUUGAAUGAAUCUGUCAAAUGGACCGUAAUAUUAUAAAAGCAGAUUAUAAAAUCAGAAAAGUGGAUGUUUCAAGAUGGAGCCAAUACAAACGACACUCCGCGAUCAGGAGAGAGCCUAUAAAAUGUAUAUGUACACGAGACCAGACAAUCUCGAGUUGCCGCUGUCAGCCCCCCGUGACACUAAAUCUAGUGUGUACGCUAUGAAUGAUCAAACUUUUCAUACACCAUCUUUCGGCGACGAAGAAUUCGACAUCCCCUCCAUUCACGGGCAACAUGCGAACGGGGGCCAACCCCCUCACAUACAAUACAGCCAAAUGCAUCAUGCAGCGCCACAGGUGGGGAUGAUGAACCCUGCCCAAGACGGGCUGGCGCCGCCGGGUGGUGCUCCGUCGUACCAACAACCUCUGUACUUGCAGGAACCACAUACACCAGUCACUUCACACAGUGGUGCUGGUGCCCCUGCAGGAAACUAUGUAAUUCAGCAGCAGCCAGGCGGACAGCAGAGGCUACUGAUGAUGCAACCAUCACAAGUAAUGAAUGGCCCACCGACCCCUAACGCAGGCACCCAGAACUCCGCCCCAGUCUACAGCUCGCCCCAGAGGGCCUCCCCGCCUGGAACCACUAGUGAUGACUCUGAUGACAGUGUGCCCUCUCACCAUUCACAGUUGCCUGGUGAUGCGGAAAGCCUUCUGCCUAUCCAUUAUUGCUCAGCGAGCCGGCAGCAACAAACUACGCUUCAUCAGAUUGGUGCCGCCAACAUGGGUGUUAAAAGGUCAUCACCUGAACCGAUGGACAAUGGCAUGAAUCGCGGUCAGAUGCAAAAAAAACCUAAAGUACAAAAGAAAAAGAAAAAACGUGAUCCUAAUGAACCACAAAAACCAGUAUCAGCAUACGCAUUGUUCUUCCGAGAUACCCAGGCUGCAAUAAAAAGCCAAAACCCUAACGCAAGUUUUGGAGAGGUCUCCAAAAUUGUGGCUUCCAUGUGGGAUGGGCUUGAUUCUGAACAUAAAAGUGUAUACAAACAAAAAACUGAAGUAGCCAAGAAAGAAUACCUAAAAGCACUUGCUGCCUACAGAGCUAGUUUAGUAUCAAAGGGAGGUGAACAGGAAACUCCAGCCAUGUUUAAUCACGGCAAUAAUACCAACUCAACAUAUGGGAAUUACUACCAAGGAGUACAAGGACAGACAUAUGGAAAUGGACAUUCGCCUCAGGGAUAUGUGCAAAAUGCAGCACCUCAGGGGUACACCCCACAGAACUACCCUGGUGGACAGCCUCAGGCUGCUUAUACUGGUCAGCCUGCUCAGGGUUACCCACAAAAUCCGCAGCAGACACCACAGAAUUACCAAGGCAACAUUGCACAUAACCCUGCUACAUACCAGCACCCUGGGCCAGGGCAAAACCCCCAAGGUUACCAAGGCAAUCCAACAACACCACCUCAAGCAUGCCAACCCAAUGUUGCCCAAUCACCUAGGAACUACCCGCCAGCCCAGUCUCCCUCCCACUAUGCCCCAACCUCCGGCAUGGCUUCACCUCCGGGAUACAGACAAGUGUCCUCCCAAUCGCCGCCCAUGGGACAAGUUCACAACGCUAUGCAAUACCAUCAUUCUCAGCAGCAAAUGCAACAAUCUCACCAACAAUUGCAGUAUCAACAACAACAACAACAACAGCAGCAGCAACAGCAACAACAGCAGCAAAUUCAACAACAACAUCAGCAACAAAUUCAACAGCAGCAGCAGCAAAUCCAACAUCAGCAGCUUCAACAACAACAACAAUCAGCACAACCCCAGAACCAAACUCUUAAACCUGAACCACAUUCUCCCAAUAGCAAUGGAAGUUCUGGCAUGCCUCAGCACUCUCCGGAGCAAAAUGAAAACCGAAGCACGCCAUCGUGCAUCCGUCAAGGUUGUACCAACCCGGCCAUAGCCAAUAGUGAAUGGGAGGAUGAAUAUUGCUCUAAUGAAUGUGUUGUCAGCCAUUGCAGGGACGUCUUCAGUUCAUGGGUGGCCUCUAAUAGCAACAACCAAAUGCAAAAUUUCUCAGCAGUAAAAUAAAGUAUGAAAUUUGUACAUAUCAGUGUUAGGCAAACUAUGUCCACCCUUAUAGGGGGUCACGAUGAAUCUUUUAGGAAUACAAAAAUAUGUUAGUUAAUUGAUCAAGGUACUAUUAUUUAUUGUCAUCUUAUACAUUAUUAAUAUUAAACUGAAAGGUAAAUAAGAGCAUUCCAUGAGUUACAUUCAUCAUGUUAGGAGUACAUCUAUAAAUCUAGUAAUUGAUUGAUGCUCAGAA